AUGUUUGCGUCAACGUUAAUACUCACGACAAUUUUUGCUAUUGUCUCCGUGCUUGCUUUCAAACGAAUCAAAUAUCAUGUGAAAAAUUACAUUUUGCUGAAUAAGCUUCCAGGGCCUCCGCCUGAUGGGCUUUUUGUCGGGAACAUGCCCUACUUGCAAACAACUCCAGAGGACAUUUUCAACCGGUUGAGAGAAGCCAAUAAGAAGUUUUACCCGAUUUACAAACUUUUCGCCGUCCACCGGAUGGGUGCCAAUAUCCUUAGCCCCGAAGACAGCGAGAUAGUUUUAUCGAAUCCGAUCCACAACGAAAAAGGCUACAUUUAUAAGUUGCUCCACCACUGGCUCAAAGAGGGUCUUUUGACCAGUAAGGGUGAAAAAUGGCAACUGCGUCGCAAAAUUUUAACCCCAGCUUUCCACUUCAACAUUUUGCAACAGUUUAUCAUGAUUUUGAACGAAGAGGCCGAAAAACUAGUCGAAGGGUUGAGGAAAGAGUGUCAUAAGCCCUACAUCAACAUCACCCCCCACAUAUCGCAAUUUACCCUCAAAUCAAUCACUGAAACCGCAAUGGGCACCAAACUCGACUUUACCACGAAAAAAGAGAUUCGCUACAAAGAAGCUGUCUACAAAAUCGGCAAAAUUUUGACCUAUCGCAUUACCCAUCCUUGGUUUAUCGAACCUUUGCUCAACAUUUUCAGCCCUUGCUUCAUCCAGGAACGGCGAGUCACCAGCACUUUGCACAAGUUCACCAAGGAAGUGAUCGAAGACCGGGAGAAGAAUUUCAAGGAUUUCGAGCUACCAACGGAGGAACAUGACGUCUACAAAGGGAAGAAACGACUGGCAAUGCUGGAUUUGCUGCUUUCCGCCAAAAAGAAGGACGGGAUUAUUGACAAUAAAGGGAUCCAAGAAGAAGUUGAUACGUUCAUGUUUGAAGGUCAUGACACCACAGCCGUGGCGUUAAAUUUCGCUCUGAUGCUCAUCGCCUGUCAUAAGGACGUGCAGGAGACAAUCUUGCAGGAAAUGCGGGAUGUUUUAGGUGACAUUCACGCCAAACCAACUUACAGCGAUUUGCAAAAUUUGAAAUAUCUGGAACGGUGCAUUAAGGAGAGUCUUAGGCUGUACCCUAGCGUCCAUCUUAUUAGUAGAGCCCUCGGAGAGGAUGUCCGAACGCAAAAAGGUUAUCUCAUACCAAAAGAUACGAUUACCAUUAUCCACAUUUAUGACUUGCAUCACAAUCCUGAUAUUUAUCCCGACCCUGAGAAAUUCGAUCCUGAUCGAUUCCUCCCUGAGAACUGCCAAAACAGACAUCCGUUUGCUUAUUUGCCAUUCAGUGCCGGACCACGCAAUUGUAUUGGACAGAGAUUUGCGAUGUUGGAACUCAAAGCUGCCAUUUGUGCCAUUUUGGCCAACUUUGUACUCGAACCGAUUGAUACUCCUGAGACUAUUGUGGUGGUUGUCGACAUUGUGCUCAGGACCAAAGAAGGGAUUAAGAUUAGAUUUGUACCAAGAGAGCAGUAAAGAUCCAUUAACCGCUUCUUGUGAUGUAAAUUUAAACAUUUGAUAAAUAACUGAUAUUUUUUAUACUAGACAAAACAAUAAAUGUUUUUUGAGGAG